AUGGCGCACGUCGACGCACUAAGUCGUAUGCCUAACGAAGACGGUUGCGAUCUUGAGGAAGCGAGUUUGCGAGUCUGGAAGGCGGAAAUAACUGAGGCAGAUUGGCUUUACAGUAUGCAAUUACAAGACAGCAAACUUCAACAAAUCGUAAUGAAAAUUGAGGAGAAGGAUUCAGACAUUAUUAACGAGUAUAAAAUAAUUAACGGACGACUGUACAAACGGUAUAAAAACCAACAGCUCUUCGUAAUACCAAAUGCUUUACGAUGGAAGGUGACACAUGAUGCACAUGUUAAAACAGGACACUUGAGCAUUGACCGAACGAUUGAAUACUUACUACGGUCUAUGUGGUUCGCUCGAAUGCGAAACUUUGUCAAAUCUUUUGUGAAAGCGUGCAUUGAUUGUGCCUUCACUAAGCGUCGAGGAGGUAAAAAGGAAGGUGAGUUACAUUGCGACAAAAUGGAGCCUAUUCCGUUCAAAACAAUACACAUUGACCACCUGGGACCUUUUCCCCGAAGCCGAAAGUUAAACGAAUAUAUCCUGAUUAUUGUGGACAGUUUCACAAAAUUUGUCAUCGUCAGACCAGUGAAAAGUACGAACACUAAACAAGUCAUCGCCAUUCUGAAUGAAGUUACCAGUUACGUUGGAACCCCUGAAACUAUAAUAAGUGAUCGUGGUACCGCCUUUACGUCAAAAGAAUUCGAAAGAUACUGUAACGAUCAACUAAUCAAACACAUACGCAACGCAGUCCGUACGCCACGAGCCAAUGGCCAAGUCGAACGAUUUAAUCGCACCGUUUUAUCCAUGCUGCAACCCUCAACACAAGAUGACCGAACCUGGGACGAGCAACUACGAAGCAUUCAAUGUACAUUGAACUCACUGAUUAGGCAAACGACGGGAAAAUCUUCAAACGAAUUGCUUUUUAGAUUCAAGCCACGCGACAUAUUAGGUAACAAGCUGAUCCAAAUUCUCCAAGAUGAAGACGAUACUAUUCCCAUCACCCAAGAAGAACUUCACCACCGACGAUUACUUGCUGCUAAUAACACCGAUAGUAAACGGGUAAACGCGAAAAAGCGUUUCGACGAUAAACACAGGAAACCAACGAAAUAUGAGCAAGGUGAUUUAGUUCUAGCAGAACGAGAACCAGCAUCCACAGGCACGUCCCGCAAACUUGAAUGUCGAUAUAAAGGACCGUUCGUAGUCACCGAAGUUCUCGAUAAUGACCGUUAUGUCAUCGAAGACCUACCAGGAUCCGAUCGAAAACAACGACAUUAUAAAUCAAUCUAUGCGUCUGAUCUCCUAAAGCCAUGGUGUCAAUUGCCGUACGAAGAAGAAACUGAUUCCGAGCGCGAGGACGCUUGA